UUUGGAAGCCUGUUGCCCCCUGGAGUGGAGGGAAAGGGACUUGGGAGCGGAGGCAACUUGCGCGAGCGUCCUGCGUCUGAGCGCGCCACGCGUUUGGCAACGGGAGAAACCGACGCGAUGUAGGAUCGGGGCGGCGGGGGUUUGGCUCAGGGGAUCGGGGCCCCAGCCCAGCCCAGGCUCGCCCCCUCACCUUCUCCUCUGCUUUGGUCGAUUGGCGUCUGCCAGGCUCCCUCGCUGGCUCUCCAAGGCAAGCAGCAGGCACAUCGAGCGUGUGGCUGGGAAGAGCGGGUGCGCCGGCGGCGGCGGCGGCGGGUUCGCUUCCCUCCCUCUCCUCCUCUCCACUCCACCCCGCUCCUCUUCUUCUCCGUCUCUCUCUCUCUCCACCCCCCACCCCGCCUCUCCUCCUUUUCGCGGCUGUGUGAUCUCUGGACAAGGCGUUUAGUGACGGGGGAACGUGCUACCAGGCUUAAAGUAUGGCAAGCAAAGAUGGUUUCUGCCAAGGAGCCAGCGAUCGCGAUGCCUUGGGGUCUGUCUGUCACCUUCCUACACUUCCUGUGCCUGACGACCUGCCUCACCGUGCUCCCGGGACAGCUCAAAAAGGAGGAGAAAUUAUGGCCGGAGAAUUUCACGCGCAUCCUGGACCGUCUCCUGGAUGGUUAUGACAACAGGCUGCGUCCUGGAUUUGGGGGUCCUGUAACCGAAGUCAAAACAGAUAUCUAUGUCACCAGUUUUGGACCUGUUUCUGAUGUAGAGAUGGAAUACACGAUGGAUGUUUUCUUUCGUCAGACGUGGGUUGACAAAAGAUUAAGAUAUGAUGGUCCCAUUGAAAUUCUAAGACUUAACAACUUGAUGGUUACCAAAGUGUGGACACCAGACACUUUCUUCCGGAAUGGGAAAAAAUCUGUCUCACAUAAUAUGACAGCCCCAAAUAAACUAUUCAGAAUCAUGAGAAAUGGUACCAUCCUUUAUACAAUGAGGCUCACCAUAAGUGCUGAGUGCCCCAUGAGAUUGGUCGAUUUCCCAAUGGAUGGUCACGCCUGUCCUCUGAAAUUUGGGAGUUAUGCAUAUCCAAAGAGUGAAAUGAUUUAUACCUGGACAAAAGGACCUAAGAAUUCAGUGGAAGUUCCUGAAGAGUCUUCCAGUUUAGUUCAGUAUGACCUGCUUGGGCAUACAGCAUCCACUGAUACUGUUAAAUCCAUUACAGGUGAAUAUGUCGUUAUGACAGUACACUUCCACCUCAGACGAAAAAUGGGUUAUUUUAUGAUACAAACAUACAUCCCAUGCAUCAUGACUGUGAUCCUCUCCCAAGUUUCAUUUUGGAUCAAUAAGGAGUCUGUUCCUGCCAGAACUGUUUUUGGGAUAACAACGGUUUUGACCAUGACAACUCUGAGCAUCAGUGCGCGGCAUUCUUUGCCCAAAGUCUCCUACGCCACCGCCAUGGACUGGUUCAUUGCCGUGUGCUUCGCCUUCGUCUUCUCUGCGCUGAUUGAGUUUGCAGCUGUCAACUAUUUCACUAACAUUCAGAUGGAAAAAGCCAAAAGGAAGGCCGCGAGAUCUGCUCCUGAAGUUCCAGCAACUCCUAUGCAGAAGGAAAACUGUGCAGAAGAGGCACCCACGAGUACGGACUCAAAUUCAAAUGUGAGAAAAAGAACUAAUACUACCGUACAGGCAGAAACGGAGGGCGUCAGGAGAAUUGAUACAGGAAACAGUUCCAUGCCACCUUCAACGGUAACUCAGGGGCCUUCGGACGUUAUGCCCCGAUCUCCUUCAGCAUCAAGUCCGAACCCCUUCAGCCGAAUUAGCAUAUCAGAAACAUUGGCUUCUGCAAGAGCUACUCCUUCAGCUCCUCCCUCUACCCCAGUUUUAACAGGAUAUAUACCCCAGCAAGCCACGGCUGGAUCUCCAACCAUUCACCGUUUACUUGGAUCUAGACUGGAGCAGAUUCAGACUACAGCAAAUACUUUGGGGGCGCCUUCCAAGUCAUCAGUUGUCGCUCCUCCUCCUCCUCCCCCACCCUCAAGCUCUGGCACCAGUAAGAUAGACAAAUAUGCACGCAUUUUGUUCCCCGUCACUUUUGGAGCAUUUAAUAUGGUCUACUGGGUGGUGUAUCUAUCCAAGGACACGAUGGAGAAAUCGAAAAGUCUAAUGUAGUCUUGCUGCUAUGUAGUAGGUUUUUUCUGAAAUUUAUUCUACACACAUUUGAAUGCAGAGUUUCUUCUUUUAAAGCUAUUUUUUAAAAAAGAAACCUUUAAUGCUUAUUUUAUAAAAAAAAAAAGAGAGAGAGAAAGCUCUGUGCUCGUUUUCCCAUGGUAAAGGGCAGGUAUUAUUAGGUAAAUUAACGCAGCAAAAUGGAGGGGCAGGGAGUAUGGACACUGUCUUCCAGGCCUUCUUGAAAUGGUGUUCUGUUUGAACAAAAAUGCAUGGGGCCAUUGGGAAGAACAGAGAUGGGAAGCAAAUAAAUUAUAGUGAUAUACAGAUACAUUUAUACAAUAAAUGUGGUCUGGCUUUCCAGAAAGUGCGCAUCAGUAAGUAGAAGCUGAUGUUUUCAUGGCCUAGCUGCAGGACAGUAUUCUCUCCUGUGAGUUGGGGUGGGUGUGAAUUGGAGGUUAUUCAUACCUUCGCUGGUAAAGACACACCCUGAAAAAAAAUGCAUUCAUGUAGUGGAAAGCAAAGCAAAAAAAUUUGUUGUACGUGGGGAAGCUUUA